CAUGAUAAUCAAGUAGCGCCCUAGCUAACACGCGUUUCGAAGGUUAUAUAUGAUCACAUUUAAGUUAGCGAUACAACUUGAUAUACAAUGGACCCAUCAAAAAGAGACGACAUAUUAAAUCAAGCAAGACAAGAAAUUGCGUUAGCAAAUGCACAGAUGUUGCUGCAGACUGUCGCUGAUAAAUGUUUUAGAAAAUGUGUGUACAAGCCAGGGACCUCUUUGGACAAUUCAGAACAGAAAUGUGUAGCAAUGUGCAUGGACAGAUAUAUGGAUGCCUGGGAUUUAACAGCCAAAACCUACGCCAGUAGACUACAACGAGAAAUGUCAUAGAAAAUAAUGUGGUAUUAGAGAACUGUAUAAACAAAGAGUGGGCUGAAAAUAAGAACAGGAGGUACACUGCAGGUGGGACGGUAGACAUAGGAUGAAUAUUUGGUGUCUGAUGAAUAUCGCCCAGAACGUCAUCAACAACAUGUGUUGUACACAGUACACAUGUAAACAUUUAAUGUGUAAACAGACUACGACAACAUAGAGACAUGUCAUUGUCACAUUUUGUAUGAUCCUGUAUAUUAAAAACACAGGAUGUGUCCGAGUUCUUAUAAAAAUCACUAUGUUUUAAUUAUCAAAAAUUUUGACAGAAAACUGUAUUUAUGACAACACUGUUACAUAGAUAUUAUGUAAUAUGUUAAAAUCUGAAAAUAUGAUGAGAUAUUAUUGAUUACUAUACUGGUAAAUUUCAUAGCCAGACUCCAGUUUCACAAAAUUUUCUGACUUUUUAUUUUCUUAAGUGAAGUAGUGCUUUUCUAUGGAAAAUUUAAGAUACCGAACCUACCAUAUGUGAAACUUUGGCCAGGCCUGUAUUAUUUUAACAUAUCAGCAUGGUGUACGGUUUAUUGUCUGUUCAUUAAGACAUUUUUUUCCAAUUAACAUCUUAUGAAGAGGAAUCAUUACCUCCUUCUGUUACCAUAUUUAUUUUGCAAUAGGCCAAGGGAGUCAACACAUAAUUUGCUAAGACACCUCUAAUGAUUAUUUUAACCAUUAACGGACCAGUAAGAUUUACGAGCAAUGAGUUUUACAUGUUUGUAAAGAUGACAUGUGGAGGAAACCAUUGAAAAUCAAUCUUUAUAAAUAUUCCAUGUUAUAUUUACAACUACCAAACGUCUAUGAUAAAACAAAGUACACAGUAUCCUUUCUGUAUACGAUGCAGUCUGUCAAAUGACGAAGAGCUCUGUGUACAAAUCAUUCUGUCAUAUGUUUUCAUAUAAGUUUGUUUGAUUUUGAUUUAUAAAUAAAUUAAAAAAGUCAUUCUUA